UCCUGCCUUCCUCCUCCCGCAGCUCCAUUCAUUGGCCCCGACAGACACCCAGAGCCUGCUGGGCAUUGCUUGUGAUGCAGCCUCAGCAGCAGCCUUGUGGGUAACCAAAGGCAGGCAGGCAUCCAAGGAGCUUUGUCUGACCGGCUGAGCUAGGACAGAAUGGGCAUUCUCAGGGUCCUGCUGGGGAUGCUGACUUUCCUAGGGGUUGCUCCAGGGGGCUCCCUCACCCUCCCCUGGAACAGUACCUCCUGCUACUUGGUCAAGCCCAUCCCUGGUAGCCCUCUGGGCUCCCUGAGCUUCUUAGGCAAAGACGCCCAAGGCCUGGCCCUAUUCCAGGCCCUCUGGGAUGCGCACUAUAGGCUGAAGGUAUGUAUCAGGCAGGAUGAAUCCGAGCUGAUCGGAGCUUUCGGGGCCCUCUGUACUCAUGAGCCCUGGAGGCACUCCUUCACCCACAGCCCUGGACCUGAGCUGCAGAGAGCACUGGCCGCCCUGCAGAGUCAGUGGGAGGCCUGUCACGGGUCUGAGGACAGUCCUACAGGAGCCAGGGAGAAGCGAGAAACAGGGCAGAGCCAAACCCCUGACAGAGGGCGCAGUCGAAGGAGGAGAGGCUGGACCAUUCCCGGCACGCUGUGGUGUGGAGUUGGGAACUCUGCUGAGAACUCCUCAGACCUGGGAAUGCUCCAUGGCCCUGACCUCUGCUGCCGGGAACACGACCAAUGCCCGCAAACCAUCUCACCCUUGCAGUAUAACUAUGGCAUCCGGAACUUCCGGUUCCACACCAUCUCUCACUGCGAUUGUGAUGCCAGGUUUCAGCAAUGCCUGAGGAGCCAGCGUGACUCCAUCUCUGACAUCAUGGGUGUGGCCUUCUUCAAUGUGCUGGAGAUCCCUUGCUUUGUGCUGAAAGAGCAGGAGGCCUGUGUGGCAUGGCACUGGUGGGGCGGGUGCAGGGCAUAUGGCUCGGUGCCCCUUGCUCAUCUUCAGCCCAGGACCUAUUAUAAUGCCUCCUGGAAGGCUGCAGCCACCCCACCUAGUCCCAGCCCCCAGAAGAGGCGCCCACAGCAGACACAAGCUGGGCACCAAAGUAUAACCUCCACCAUGACCCCCCAGACCCCUGCAGUUGCUUCCAGGCUUGAUAUGGUCUCCAGAGCCCAGCCAGAAGUCCCCCAUCCUGGCUAUCAAGAUGGCCCAAAACUUCAACGUGCUCCCCGAGUCUGCCGAACCCUUCGACGACUGGACCAGUGUGAGCACCAGAUCAAGCCCCAGGAAACCAAGUUUCACCUGCUUAACAGUGCCCAGAUGCCUCUUUUCCAUUGUAACUGCACCCGCCGUCUGGCACGUUUCCUGAGGGUUCACAGGCCACCUGCAGGCACCAACAAGGUUUGGGAGCUCCUGGGAACUACCUGCUUCAAGCUGGCCCCCCAACUCGACUGUGCUGAAGGCAAAAGCUGUUCCAGAGACCACAGGGCCAUCAGGGUGUCAGCUCGGCACUUGCAGAGGGUUCAGCAGAAAUGGCUCCAUUUCUGGGAUAAAGGCACAGAUGGGACUCUGGCGCUGUCUUUGGAGCCUUCCGGGACCUCCACGUCAUUCUACAGCCAGUGUCUGCAACUAACCCAAGCAAUCUGGAGACCCGGUGGACAGAAAAAAUUCUGGAGCUCAUGACCUCAGGCACAACAGCCUGGGCACCAGCCUGGACCUCCUUCCCGGCUUUGCCAUGUUCCCAGAGACUCGGACCCUUCUUUGAGGAACAGCUUAGCUCGCAUGGGCAACUAGAGGCUAGAGACAUAACCCCUCUGUGCCUGGACAUGGUGUUCAGGAGGCCGCUUCUGAAGCCUUGGGUUUAGACCUUGCCAGGAAACUUCAUACACACUGGAGAUGGGGAGUCACUGAUUGCAGAGGCAGAAGCAGAUGCCUGACAGCCCCUGUUACAAAAUUAACAUGUCCUGAGAUCUGCCUGCAGGAGCCUCGGCACCUGCCUGUGAGGCAUAGAGCUGCAGGUAGGAAAACAGGGGUACAGCAGAAAUACCCAGAUCUGAAUCCAGCAUAGGGAGCGUGUUCUCAACUCUCCCCAGUGGAGACCCCCUCUCUUAAUAGUGUCUGGGCCCUUCCUGGGCUCAACUAAUCUUUCUGCUCUAACUCUAAAUUGGAAUCUCAUCUGUGCCCUUGAGUUAGGGACCUCCUUCCUCCACUGUAAGCCUUAGUUUCCUCCUCUGAAAAAGGAGGUUUUUUCUUUUUUGUCUGAGCUGUGGUUUCACUGUAGCCCAGGCUGACUUCUCCUAAGUACAUUAGUGUAGCCUUGGACUUCUGAUCCACCUUCCUCUACCUCCAAGGGCUGGGAUUAUAGGAGUAAGCCAUCACACCAAGUUUUAUGUGGUACUAGGGAUAGAACCCAGGCUUCAACCCUUCAACCAGGGGUUGCUAAGCAAGCAUCCAACCAACUAAGUUACACCCCUAGCCUGAAAAGGGGAGCCUUAAACAUGAACUACCUCAUAGGGCUGCUGGGGAGUGAAUUAAUAAACACAUAUACAGCCAGUAAACACUCUCUUCUUCUAGUGCAUAGCCAGGCUGAGCUUGCUGCCUGCUCUUGAGGUGCUGGCAGGGCCAAUCGAGGCUUCAGCUUGCCCAUCUGUGAAAUGGUUCAAAAAUGGCACUGAGCACACAGGAUUAUUGUGGGAUUAAAGGAGACGGCAUGUUUCCACA